AUGGAGAACUUGCCAGACGAGGUUAUGUUGAUGAUCUUCGAGCAUUUGCCAUCGCGGGCUUUGGCAGCAGCUGCAGAGGUAUGUCGGCGGUGGAACGCCCUCCUGCGUCGCCGGGUAGUCGAAGUGCAGCGCCAGGAUGACGUGAAGCGGCUGCAUCGCGGCGUUAUCGCUCUGCACGUAAGCGGGUGUCUCGACUCAUUGCGGGCUUGUCUCGCGAAUGUCAUUGAUGUCGCCCCACAUCUUCGGCAACUAACAAUCCAGGCCACCAACUCGUUCGGAGAUGAGACCAUCGCAGCUCUACAUCGUCUGCGGCACCUCGAUCAUUUGGAUGUAUUUAUACGGAACAGGAGAAUAGAAAUGGGUUUGCUGCCAGUUCUAAUGCGACUGAACUCAUUGGUUAUUAAUGAGACAGUUACGCCGGGCGUGCUCCGCGCGCUGGCCAAGAGUGAGAGAGUCCGCUGUAUCCAUAUGUUCGGCCGUUCACUGUACUACCCGCAGCGAGAGCUACUCGCCGUGCUGCGAGCUCGACAGCACCACCUCACAGAGCUGACGCUCCGCUGCACAGAGCUGACUGACGUCGCUUACGAUGCGAUUGGUCAGUGCUCCAAUUUAACAUCUCUUCAGCUGUACUCAUGUUGGCUUAUGACCGGAGCUGGAGCGCUGCACACGACGCGGUUACUAAAGUUGCGACGGCUCCACAUUACCGGCGCGAGGAUGGUGCGGACACGCGCACUCUCUGUUUUCAUUGAUCAAUUGCCUCCUCACGUGGAGGAACUGUGCCUGAGUGCGACGUGGUUUGGGGAUGAUCACGCGCUGCCACUGGCGCGGAGACUCCCCGGCCUGAAGGUGUUGGAGCUAUGGCGGUGCCGGCUGACGUCGUGCAACAUACUGGAGAUGGCGCGUGCUCUGCCGACACUGUACAGCCUGGAUUUGGACAUUUCUCUAACAGAUAUAGAAUUGCUGUUGCUCUCAGAUCAUCCAACUAUAACAGAUAUUCGAUGCCUCACCGAGAGACGCUUUUCACUGUACAGCGAUGAGGCGAGGGACUCGUAUAGCAUAGUGAUGGAAGGGUCGCAAGGGGCAGGAGGAAGGCGCGUGGUACGUGUGUCGUCGGCGCAGGCGCGGCUCGCGCGCAAGUACGUGCGUGGUGGGGGGGAGGGCUACCGCGCCACUCUGUUCUACUACUGGACGCAGGACCGAGAGCUGGACCCUCUGCCUCUCAAGCAGCCGCCGGGAUUCGACCUCGAUGAUGACGACUUCGCAGACGAUUAG